GAAACGGACGACCACUUCCGCCGUCGCUCCGCGUGUGAGAGAAUAAAAACAUUUUUGGUAACAAAUUAAAUUAAAAUUUUAAAAAAAAACUCCUGAGUCGCUUGCCAAGUUGCAAUCGCCGCGGGGGGUGGUGGUGGUAGCGAGUGCCCGGGGGGAGGCAGAGGAGGUCCGCUGCUGCGAGCGUAAAAAAAAGUGUUCCCGUCCUCCUCCCCGUGAGCUUUUGACGUUCGAGGCUUUGCCGCCGUCGUCGUCGUCGUGGUUUUUUUUGGCGCGUAGCGGGAAGGCGGCAGACUCUCACCCACCCACCCACGUCCGCCCGUCCGUCCGUCCGUCUCAUUCAUUCCCGGAGCGAGCAGCAAAGCGGCUGGACCGCCCCCAAUUUACAAUGGGAAAACAGAAGACCAGAAAGGAGAAGAGCGAUCCGGAUCCUCCCGUCGAGGAGGAGUAUGUAGUGGAGAAGGUCAUGGACCGCAGGGUGGUGAAGGGAAAGGUGGAGUACUUUCUCAAGUGGAAGGGAUUCACAGAGGAGGAUAACACAUGGGAGCCCGAGGAGAACCUGGACUGCCCGGACCUAAUUUCGGAGUACCUGGGCACGAGCAAGGGCAAGCAGCAGGUGUCUGAGGACAAGGCCGAGGGCAUCAAACGGAAAUCUACCUCCCUCAAUGGCACUGGAGAUAACAAGCCCAAGAAAAAAAAAGAGGCAGGAAAGGUCGGUCAAGAGAUUGGAUUUUCUCGGGGGUUGGAGCCCGAGAGAAUAAUCGGUGCCACGGACUCCAGUGGAGAGCUGAUGUUCCUCAUGAAAUGGAAAGGCUCGGACGAGGCUGAUCUCGUCCCAGCCAAGGAGGCCAACACGCGUUGCCCGCAGAUCGUCAUCUCCUUCUACGAGGAGCGACUCACCUGGCAUGCAUACCCUGACGACGACGCGGAUAACGCCAAGGAGGACAAAGCCUAGGCCAUGGCGCGGGUGACUGGGCAUCCCGAAUCGAUGCAAACAACAAAAGCGCCGUUUCCCGUUCUUAAGAUACUGAUAAUCUACACAACAAAUACACCGUAACGUUUCAGGUCAUAAUUGAUGAUGAGGGUUUUUUGGUAUGUCGUAAAAUAAAAAUAAAAUACAUGUUUUAUGAAGAAGAAAAAAAGUUAAGUUUUCGUGUAGUAGUUUUUUUAUUGGUCAGGAGAACUUUUGAAGUAAUUUUAGUGCACCCAAUAAUCCUCCACGCAUACAAUGGUCGUGAACUGUGUCGGCGCUUUGGAAAAUAAAAAUGCUGGUUUUUGCAAGUACUAUAUGUGCACAAAAGUGGUGUGCUGCUGAGUAGGAAGGAGGGCAUGCUCACACAUAAAGGACGUUAUUCUGUCGUGGCACAGUGCUUGCUGAGGAGCAGGUCCCUCCCCGUAUUCUAGAUUUGAAGCUUUCGUGACUGCAAGGAUUCAUACUUUUAGGUUUUUUUGGGAAAGUCAAUAGGUAAAAUAAUAAAUGAAAAUAACUAAAUUAAAUCACGACAUUUUGGAAGCAACACAAGCCUCGGUCAUCAGGUGUAACUGCUACAGUAACCCUCCCCGUAUGUUGCUCGAGAACCGAGUUCAAUUUGUGAGCUGCUCUACUAUGCCAAGGGGCUAUGUUUUUGUUAAAUUGUGCAGCACUGAUAAACGUGAUAAAAAAUAAAAUAACUUUCCCAAAUGAUGUUUUAGAGCAAUGUAUGCUUAUGGAAUGUCAUCACAAGAUGAGCUGGUGUGACACGCAAAUAAUGGCUACAUCUAAAGUGAUGCAUACUUUUUGUUCGAAUAUUUUAAAUCAAUAAAGUUUAGUCCACAUAGAGCCAAACUUUAUAUUUUGAUUGAUGGUUGCUUAGUUGGGGAGUGAGCACAUUUGUCUGAAACAUGUUCCUUUUAACUGCUAAUGCAACUGAAGUGUUUGAACACAUUGCAUAUUAACAUGUCCACUCAAAUCGUGCUCAAAUUUUCUGAAAAUAGCUUUUGUCCAUUCAAACAUUUCCAGAUAUAUAGAGGGACCUGCACUCAAGUCAGCUGCUUUUUUUUUAAACCCUGUCAUUAUCUUAGCCCACCUGAGCUGCAUUGGGAUCUCGAAAAAUUGUGGUGUGGACUGAGUGCGUUUAAAGAGCACACAAUUACACGAUCAGAAACAGCUGUCCAUUUUGGUCAUUGCACAUUCUGAAGUGCAUGGGAUUUAUUUUGUGUGAAUAAAGUCUCGUCAUAUACCAGUUUUUGCAAUGUGCAAGAUUAUUAUGAACCUAACUUGUUUAUGAAUGCUUUUCAUCUGGUUCUUGGUGAAAUUGUGCUAAUGUUCCCAUUAACAAAAAACUAAAAGCUAUGACCAUUUUGGCAAGAUGUAAAAUCUGGCUCUGGGUGUAAAGUUAUAGCUGUUGACAUCAUUUGAAUGUUAAUCGGUGAUUGUUAUUGUUAGGUUAUAUGUUGGCUUUGCUUGCUGUUGGCAAGGCCAAAAACAAUUGAUGGUUUGCCCAUUGGAUGAACGAGUUUUUGUUAAGAUCUUGCAGAACGUUAUGUGAAAUAUUACAGCUCCAGUUCUUGUCAUCUUUUUAUUUUAUGAUCCUGUGAGUUUUGAACUGCUUGAGUAAGCUACCCGGUCAUCGUGCAUAUUUUCUAAACUUUGUAAUUACAGUAUCAAAUUGUAGGUUUUUAAAUCUCACGUGAAUGGGCCCCUGGUUUUUUUUGUGAAAGUUAAUACGUUUUUUUAAUUUAAUGGCAGCCUUGUUUAAAGCAGUAUUUCAAAUUUUUGGACAAUGGCCGUUGGAAUGCAUAUUUUUCUCACUCCAUUUUGGUAACAAUUAUGUCCAAUAAAGUACAUUGGUUUUUAAUGUU